UGGGAAGUUAUUGCUGCUUAUGUGAAUCAGCACUCAGUAGGUGUUGAGGUAACAGCCAAAGAGGCACACAAACAAGCCAAAUCUGUCAGUGAAAAUUAUGGUGCAAUGAAACAAGAGACCAAUGCAAAAGCCUUUCAGAACUUUGCAACAAGUACCAAACAAUCAGAUGCAACGAAAUCGGUGACUAUUACAGAUCAAAUUGAAGGCAAUUGUUAA